AGUGCUUUUCCAACUGUAGUUGUAAAUACAUGAGCCAAAAGAUAAACAACCUUACUCAGCUCUUGGUUUUGAUUUUUAAAUUAAUUUGGGUUUUGAAGUCUUCUCCGAGAUCUAAAGUAGUCUCUAAAAAGUUAAAACAAAAGGUCCAUAUCUAACCCAGCUUCUCCAUUAAAUGUGAAGUCAACCAGUUAUCAAGUUUAUAAUAUUCAGAGGUUAUCUUUCAAUUGACGUACAUUUAUUGAAGACGAAACUGUUUAGGGAUUUGUUUUAAUAAUUUAUAAAUCAGCUAAAAAUCCUUAAGAUAGACGAGAGUAAGAUAGAUAUAAAUCCUCUAGAGAAUGAUUCAGCAAAAUCCAAAAUGGUCUCAGAUGAGUGUCUUUAGUGACUGUAAAUGAAGAUUAAAAAUCAAAUGGUCUUUAAAAUUUUACCUGUUCAGCUUGAUCAGUUGAUGAAUUAGGAUGAAUCAAGAUUUGAAAUUUUGUAAUUGAUUGUGUAACUCUGUUUCCAAUGGUUUAGGAAUGGAAUGCAAACGAGGAAACAAAAUUGAAUUUAGGGUGCCCAAGGCUUAUGGAUCAACCUUGAAAGCCAAGAAGACAGAAGAUGAAAUCACUCGCGAUCUCCUUGAAUUCGGAAGCAAGUGUUAAGAACAUAACACAAUCUAUUUUAUUAGUAUAAAAAGGUGAAGAAUUACAAAGAUGCGAAAGACUUAAUAUAGUAGUCAUAUGAACUUAGGUUGAAUUAAAAUACAUUAAUUUUAUAGAACGAAAUCAAAGAAGAAACUACAAUAAAACAAACUAGAGAUUUUGUGCCGUUUAACUAAAAUUUGAAUGACAAUGAUUUACAAGAAAUCAUUUAGAUAAGCACAUUCAAUUGCUUUUAGUUUUGGUUGCUCUUCUCCAUUUGGUAAAUAAUUCUUGCUUUGAUAUUUGGAUUCCCAAGAGUGUGAUAGGGUAAUGACCAAAAUGGUGUGCUUUAGUUGUCUCUUUGAUCACAAGGUAAUAAUCAAAACGGUGAGCUUUGAUUCUUUGGUGUGAUGGUAAAUAAGAUGAAUUAUUGUUUUUUUUUACCAAAAAGGAAGAUAAGUUAUUGUUUCUCCUUUAGAAAUGGCAAAUGAUUUGGAUAAAAUCUUGGACCGUCUUAUAACAUAUGCUUCGUCUUGGUUGGUCUUGAAGCUUUGUUUCAUCUCCUUGUCUUUAAGUUUAAAUUCUUUUAAGACUUCUAUUUGACUAAUCCUGAGUUGGUGUGCGUUUUGUAGAGAACUAUUAUUUUCUUUCUGAUUAAUUAAAUACUCCACAUUUGGUUGAAUUCUUCUCUUGAUAGUUGAUAACUUGAUAUCGACAUUCUAGUUGUGUGUGUGUGUGUCGUUGGGCGUUGACAUUUGUGGUUCUAUGUCUUCAUCACAAGCAGUGCAUUUACGCACAUUAUGACCUAGCUUUUUAGAACAUUAACGAGAAAAAUUGCAUAAAAACUUUCAAAGUGUCAUUUACUAUCAUUUUAAACUUUGAUGUUUUUUUUACUGAUAUUUUUAAUUUUCAAACUGACAAUUGUAUCAAAAAAAAAUUUCAAAAUAAAAAAAAUGACGAAUAGUACAUGUAAAAGGAAAUCUUGCUCCUUUGAAAAAAAAAAUUAAAAGGAAAAGUUUGAAAUUUUGAAACACUUGAGUACGUAUUAUCGGUUAUACUCACAUUGCGUUUUGUCUAUUAAAACUUUAAAAUCUAUCAUCACUUCCGAUAACACCCUCCAUCGCAGAAUUGUUAUCUUCGUCCUCCUUGGGUCACUUGUAGCCAUCAUUAAUUCUGUAUGCAAUGGUAGGUUUGCUUAUUUAAUGCUCUACUAUGACUUUUCGUUUCAAGCUUCUCAAGGAUGGAUUUUUAACGUGGGCGUUCUUAAACCUAUAAGAUAAUCUAUAAAUAUUAUUGGGAUUGAUGAAGUUUAGUAGUUACCGUAUUUAUUCGUUUAUCGAAAUUCCUAUAAAUUUAUUAUAGCGGUAUUACCAGAAACAAUCACCCACCUUGCCACUAUUUAAUACCACAAGCACAAGUUAAACCACAAAUAGAAGUGCGCCUAUACUCUCCGGCGGUAUUCUACUUUUCCGACGGCUGUCAGUUUGUCAAAGUCACUGAGAUCCAACAUCUCUCGUUUAGUUGUGUAAAAGAUCAGCAAAAUGGUUGCUCAAGGGUUCACUGUGGAUCUUGACAAGCCCCUUGCUUUCCAGGUUGGUCAUCUCGGAGAAGCUUACGACGAAUGGGUUCACCAACCUAUUGUAACAAAGGAAGGCCCUCGGUUUUUCCAUAGUGACUUUUGGGAGUUCUUGACCCUUACAGUUUGGUGGGCGGUUCCUGUCAUUUGGUUGCCAGUUGUUGUCUGGUGCAUCUCCAUGUCAGUAAGCAUGGGCUGUUCAUUCCCAGAAGUUGUCUCAUUGGUUGCCUUGGGAAUAUUUAUCUGGACUUUUAUAGAAUACUGUCUUCACCGUUUCCUUUUCCACAUGAAGACCAAGAGUUACUGGGGAAACACGGCACACUAUCUUAUUCACGGAUACCAUCACAAGCACCCAAUGGACCACCUUCGACUCGUCUUUCCUCCUGCCUUAACAGCUAUUAUGUGCUUUCCUCUCUGGAACCUUGCGAAGCUAAUCGCAACUCCUUCAGCUGCACCUGCAUUGUUUGGAGGCGGCCUGUUCGGCUAUGUGAUGUACGAUCUUACUCACUACUACCUUCACCAUGCCAACCCAACUAUACCAGUAACCAAAAACCUCAAGAAAUCCCAUUUGAACCAUCACUUCAGGAUUCAGGACAAGGGAUAUGGAGUAACUUCGUCGCUAUGGGACAUAGUGUUUGGUACACUUCCCACCACAAAAGCUCUCAAAAGAGAGCAACAAAAGUACUAAGAUGGAUGCAAACGAAAAAGGAUAUUUGUAAUAUACAGUUCAUCUUAAACUAUUUAAUCAAUCACUCUAUGUUAAUCUGAUCACGUUUGUUUUGGACUAAUGUCUUUGUAUAUCAAUAUACUACACAUCCUAUGUAAUAGUUUUAUGUGUUUCACAACUUAAAAAAAAAAAGACUUUGUUUACAACAA